AUGUUGAUGGAUGAUUAUAAAUAUUUAUUUAAAGUUGUUCUUAUCGGUAAUGCAAGUGUUGGAAAGACAUGUCUAGUACGUCGAUUUUGCCAAGAUGUUUUUCCAACUGGACAAGCGGCAACUAUUGGUGUUGAUUUUCUAAUCAAAACUGUUGAAGUUAACGGAGAAAAAAUUAAACUUCAGAUAUGGGACACAGCUGGACAAGAACGUUUUCGCUCAAUCACUCAAUCAUACUAUCGAUCUGCCAAUGCAUUAAUUAUUGUUUUUGAUAUAAAUAAUCUUGCGACAUUUUCAAGUCUUCCAGAUUGGGUUCGCGAAGUAAAAGCUUAUGCUAAUAAUGAUGUUUUAUGUACACUAGUUGGUAAUAAAUGUGACAUUAAUCAACGUGAGGUUCCAACACAUGUAGCCGAACAGUUUGCGGAAAAGAAUGAUAUGUGGUAUUUGGAAACAUCAGCUAAAAACAGUGAGAAUGUUGGUAAACUAUUUCAAACAAUAGCUGAAGAAUUAACAAUGAAAGCAAGAGAAUCGACAAUAGGUGCAUCAAAUAGUGGACAUGAUUCAUUUUUUAAUGGAGAUCAAAAAACCAAACCGGUGAAAUCUAAUUGCUGUUAG